GUCCACCGGUUUUGGAUUUCUUGUAUUAUUAUUUUUUAUACUUUUCUUAAUUGAAAAGGCAGGGAUCGCUGCUCGAGUAAAUUAUGAAUCUUCAAAAUCUUAAAAACCAACAUCGUAUUCAACGAAGCUGCGAUAUUGGAAGAUUUCAGGAUUUGGGAUUUUUCGUGCAUGCUUGUACGAGGACUGCAAGAUUUAUUGAUGCGUGUAGCUGAAGGGAGAUGAUCAGCAGCAACAGCAGUGGGAUUGUCUUGCCACAAAUGUCAAUCUUGUCGAGGUUGCGAUGUGUGACUAUUGAUGUCACAGGCACGCUGAUAGCUUACAAGGGGGAGCUUGGAGACUACUACUGCAUGGCAGCCAAAGCCGUUGGAUUGCCCUGUCCUGACUACAAACGCAUGCACGAAGGAUUCAAGGGCGCAUAUCAAGACAUGGCAAAACGGUAUCCCUGUUUUGGUCAUGCGGCGAAAAUGCCCAAUAUCAAGUGGUGGAAGAUGUGUGUGAAGGACUCAUUUGUCAGGGCAGGCUAUGAUUACGACGAGGAAACCUUUGAGAAGGUGUUCAGGCGCAUAUACUCCACCUUUGGAUCUUCUGCACCAUAUACCAUCUUUCCAGAUUCACAACCGUUCCUGAGAUGGGCCCGUGAACAGGGUCUCAUUGUUGGGAUUGUCAGCAAUGCAGAGUAUCGAUAUCGGGACGUCAUUCUGCCUGCCUUAGGAUUGAACCAGGGAUUGGAUUGGGAUUUUGGUGUCUUCUCGGGUCUUGAAGGAGUAGAAAAGCCAAACCCGAGAAUAUAUGAGAUUGCACUCGAGAAAGCUGGAAAUAUUGCACCGGACGAAGCUUUGCACAUUGGGGACAGCAUGCGGAAGGACUACAUCCCUGCGAGGAGUGUGGGCAUGCAAGCAUUGCUGCUGGACAGAUUCAAGACCCCGGAUGCGGAGAACUGGCGGAAAUCUGGUGCGCCUGUCUUCCCCGAUCUAGUGGCCGCACAGGCAUGGCUCACGAGCGAACAAGCCUCGGAGCAAAUGCAGUAAAUGCUGCUGAUCAUUACAAGCAAUUAUAGGAUCCUCUACCUGAGAAGUAUAUGCAUAUUGUGAUCGUGACUGGAUUUUCAGUAUGUAUAAGUAGGGCCCAUGGUUCAGUGAUGGACUUUUAGAAAGGAUUCGUUGGCCCAUUUGGCGGAUGGACCAUACGGGACAAGUAUCCUUGCUAGACAAUCCUUGCAGCUUUGAGUUUGUGAAGGUUCAGACGAGAAAUACAAUGAUGGGCCACAUUGAAGUGGAAGGGGCCAGAGAUUGGGGGCUAAGAUUAUGGUGUGGUCCAACAGAUCAAUGGUCUGGAUGAGUGGAUUGCAGGCCCUACUUGUACCGACUGAAAACCCAACCAUGCAUAUGCAUUGAGGAUCAUAGUUUCUCUUUGGUUACAAGAGUGGUAGAUGAUACUCUCAACUAAAGCUUUUGGGGAAGUUAAAAAAAAGAAAAAGAAAAAAGUCCCUUUGUUGUUUUUAUCCCACCAUCCAUUUUUCAAUUAAAAGGAAUUGAGCAUGAUUCUGAUUA